UUUUUAUUUUAAAUUUGAAGGAAAUCCAUCUGACCUGGACUCCCAUUAGUAUUUGGUUCUAAACGUUUGGUUCUUGGCCAUGUUUAAAGACUCUUGUAAAAGAAUCACUCCAAAUACGUAAAAUGACCUAAGAACUACACACCUUAUCCAUUCCAUUCAAUCUGUAUAAACACAAUCUCCCUUCCUAUGGCUGUGGUUUCAUUAAGCUCCCAUUGUUCAGGAAGAUGGCAGCGUCGUGUUUGUCUCUACCAACAACUCCUUUCAAUCUCAAUCACAAUGCUCUUCCCUCUGGAAGCAGGGUUCCCUCCCUUUCAUCAUCCAUGUCCAUAUCAACAAUAACAUCGUUGCCAUCCUACAGUUCUCUUCAGCUCUCCCAUGUUAUCUCUGCAAUUGUGACCUGCAAAAAGGUUGUUAGAGUCACUGCAUUAGCUCAAGAUACAGAACAAAGUACAGAAAAAGUCAAUUCAGAGGACACCCAAGCAGAAGAUCGUCCAGAGGGAGCAGGGGCAGAGCAAGACACGGAAGGAAAAAUAGCAGCGACCGCCCCCGAAGGGGUGAAACUUUACGUGGGUAAUCUCCCCAGGUCCUGUGAUAGUGCACAACUAACUCAGAUCUUUCGAGAAUUUGGAACUGUGGAUUCUGUGGAGGUAAUUUGUAACGAAGAAACUGGGAUAAGCCGAGGAUUUGCCUAUGUAACAAUGAGGAAUGAGGAAGAAGCUCAUGAAGCAAUUGAUAAACUGCGAAACUAUGAUUUAGGUGGUCGUGAUAUAAUUGUAAACUUACCAGAAAGAGUACAAUCCACAGGAAGUGGAAUCAAGAUAUAUGUAGGCAACCUUGCCUGGUCAGCAAAGAGAGAAUCUAUCAGAGUAUUAUUUAGUCAAUAUGGGGAUGUAUUAGGAUUAAGACUUAACUAUGAUCGUAAAGAUGGAGUACCUCGUGUCUAUGGUUUUGUGUUUCUAUCCACUAGAUCGGAAGUGGAAGCUGCUGUUGCUGCAUUGAAUGGGAAGGAAUUUCAUGGACGGCAACUGGUAGUAAGAGAAGCCAAACCAUACAGCAAGGAAGACAAUAGAUCUGAUACAUCAAUGGCGCUCCUUACAGAAACUCCAUACCGAGUAUACGUGGGUAAUCUUUCCAAUUCAGCCAGUGCUAAAUCUCUUGAAGAAUUGUUUGGUCAAUAUGGGAAUGUGCUGGAUGCAAGAGUCCUUUUUCAACGCAAACCAGGAAGCCCUCGUGUCUUUGGAUUUGUUGCCUAUUCGUCACAAACUGAAGUUGAAUCUGCAAUUACUGCUUUAAAUGGGAAGGAAUUUCUUAAGAGAGCGUUAGUGGUGCAAGAAGCCAAAGUGAAGAACCAAGCAUGACCAUAUCAACAGAAUUGCAAGAACCAGAAUGUCUGAACAUAAAUGUUUUGGUUAUAAGGAAUGUCACUAACCAGGAUCUAUACAAGAUCGCCUUAUUUCAGUUAUCGGUUUUCAGUCCUUGUAACUAUCGUACAUGUUUCAGGAUUGUAUCAAGUUGACUAUAAUGUGUCAAAUAUCUUCUUUUGUUUACAAUAUUUUUCCUCAGGAAUUUCCAUAGCAAGGGUAAACAGCCUUGAAACAUAAGGUGACAAAAGAAAAUUUUGGUUUAUCCAGUGGUAAAAUAUUUCUGGUAGACCAUCAAGCGAAUCCACCAGAGCUCAUGCAAGUUGGCUCUUUCAUAAUUCAACUUGUGCCAUUUAUAAAUUUAUAUUCAUUUAAUUUCUUGCUUUGGCCA